AGUUAGCAGUUUCGUUCCACCAGUUGCUGGCCGGCCAGCGCCGGUAUCGGUUGCUCUAGUUGCGGUUUCGACGAGCGUCGCGACGCUCCGUGCCGCGUCUUCUUCGCCAACUUUCAUGCUUUCAUUUCGCCGUAGGUGAACUCCACACAGCUCAAAAUGCAGGACCAAGUGGAUGGGAUGGAAUUGGAGACACUCUACCAGAGAUAUUGUAUACGUCUUAAGCAUGCUCUGUUCUUGUCGUGUUUAUCGGUGGCGGCUGCCACCAGUGCCGGAUUACUUAUCACGACGUGUGUGAUGGAGGACCUCACCAUCGGCCUUCUCCCUAUCACCACCAUGUCGAUCUUGACCUUCGCCCUCUUCUGCAUCCUCCUCGCCUCCCAGUUCCCCAUCAUCCUCGAGUCCGACGCGUGGGCUCUCGUCUCCUCCCUCCUCAUCGCCGUCAUCGUCACCACCUCCAUCCUCCUCCUGGGCCAGCGGCACGCUCCCCUGCCGCUCUUCGCCCUCCUGCUGGCCAUCCACACCAUGCUGCCCCUUUCGAGGGCAGUGGCCCUGGCUCUGGCCGCUGUCGUCACCGCAGCGUACAUGGGAUGGUCCAUUGCGGACCGAGUCAACGACGAGCGUCACUCGCAUUAUCUACAGCUGAUCCCGGAGUGCGUCUUGCUGGUCACGGCGUCGUGCACGGGGUUAUACUACAGGCAUAUGACGGAGGCGGCACACAGGAGGACGUUCGUGGGCACGAGGACGUGCAUCGAGUCGAGGGUGAAGCUGGAGUGCGAGAAGGAGCAGCAGGAGCAGCUGUUGUUGAGCGUCAUUCCGGCGUAUAUCGCUGCAGAGGUGAAACGUAGCAUUAUGCUGAAGAUGGCCGACGCCUGCAACGAACACUCCAAUCGGAGCUUCCACGAGAUGUACGUUCAGAGGCACAAUAACGUCUCCAUCUUGUACGCCGACAUCGUUAAUUUCACGCCGCUCUCGGAACAACUAUCGGCUUCUGAUCUGGUGAAGACACUCAAUGAAUUGUUCGGGAGAUUCGACCAGAUAGCGCAGGAUAAUCAGUGCAUGAGGAUCAAGAUCCUGGGGGACUGCUAUUAUUGCGUCUCGGGAUUGCCGGUGUCGAGACCCAACCACGCCUACAACUGUGUCAACAUGGGCUUGCAGAUGAUCGAAGCCAUCCGGUUUGUCAGGGAAGCCACCGGCUUCAACGUGGACAUGCGAAUCGGGAUCCACACCGGGAAUGUCCUGUGCGGCGUCCUGGGUUUGCGGAAGUGGCAGUUCGACGUCUGGAGCGACGACGUCACUCUAGCCAACCACAUGGAAUCAGGAGGAAUCGCAGGGAGGGUUCACAUAACGAGAGCCACUCUCCAUCAGUUGGGGGAUCGCUUUCAAGUGGAGCCUGGGGACGGAAUCGGAAGGGAGUCGUACUUGGCGGACCAUAAGAUCGAGACUUUUCUCAUUGUUCCGCCAAAGAAACCCGAAUCGGAGGCGCAGAACGGGAACGCGAAGCCGCCCCUGGCGCUGUCCGACCGCCACAACAGUAUCUGCGGCGACGGCAUGUACGGCAUGGCCACCCCCAGCGGGCCGCCCACCAGGUCGCGGCCCUCGAGCAAGAUGACCAAGUACGUGGAGUGCUGGGGGGCGGAUAAGCCCUUCGCCAACAUCGCCGAGUCGACGCUGGCGAAGAACAUCGAAUUGACGUCCGGAUCGUAUCAAAAGACACUGGCCAUGAUUGAGUCUAACCUCCUGCCGGACCGAAACACGUGUUUGGAGUGCAAGAAGUCCUGGAACAGCGAAGAUUUGCAUCCAGCGCUCCUGUGGUUCCGGAAUAGGAAGAUCGAGAACGAGUACCGGAGCCAGCCCGACGCGGAGUUCCGGUGCUACAUAGCUUUCGCCAGCUGCGUGUUCCUGGCCAUGUGCAUCAUGCAGGUGGCUACGAUUCCACGAACCAUCGUCCUCUACGGCACCCUCGCCCCCACCUUCGUCGUGCUCACCGUCUUCGUGUACUUGUGCUGGCUCGACGGCUGCUGCAGCCCCCGCCCGCCCUCGGACACCCCCGCCGACGAGCCCGGCGCCUGCUCGCCCCCCGGCGAGGUGGUGACGGGGAGCAGAUGCCUCCGCCUGGCCAUCUUCCUCGUAUCGGUGGUCCUGAUCUCGGCUUGCGCCGCCGUCACCCUGGUGGAUUACCAGCCGGUGUUGAUCCCAGUCGCCUCGGAGGGGGUGGUGCGGAAAAAUGGGACGAAUGCGACUGAGGAGGAGGGGGAGCACUCGAUGGAGACCUUGCCGACCUACUUGUACAGCUCGGUGCUUUCCCUAGCGGCCAUCUCCGUUUUUCUUCGGAUGGGUUUCCUCCUCAAGCUCUGCCUGAUGGUGGCGUCUGUGAUAAUACAUAUCAUUCUCUAUAGGUACAUGGACUUGUUUAACGACCCCCACUACGACAAAUUCUCCGCUAUACCCCUCGAGGUCAAAAGCGCCCUGGUCCUCACCGUCGUCGUCAUCUUCUUCCACAUCCUGGACCGCCAAAUCGAGUUCACCUCCCGGACCGACUACCUCUGGAAGGCCAAGCUCAAAGUCGAGCAAGAAGAAGUGGAGACGAUGAGAGGGAUCAACAAGAUCCUCCUGGAGAACAUCCUCCCGGCCCACGUGGCUGAGCACUUCUUGGCCUCCAGAGACACCCAGGAGCUCUACCACGAGCGGUACUCGUGCAUAGCUGUGAUGUUCGCCUCGAUACCCAACUACAAGGAGUUCUACGACGAAAGCGACGUCAACAAGCAGGGGCUGGAGUGUCUGCGGUUGCUCAACGAGAUCAUCUGCGAGUUCGAUAAACUGUUGCUCAAGCCGAAGUUUAGCUGCAUCGAGAAGAUCAAGACGAUCGGGAGCACUUACAUGCUGGCGUCGGGGCUGAGGCCGGGGGAGGAGGAGAAUAGCACGGAAGCAAGUCGGAAGGAAGAGCACAUUAUCGUCGCUCUGGUGGAUUUUGCUGUGUCGCUGAUGACGAGCCUUGAUCAAAUUAACAGAGACGCUUUCCAACGAUUCAAACUUAGAGUGGGUCUGAACCACGGUGCCGUGAUCGCGGGCGUCGUGGGCGCCCAGAAGCCCCAAUACGACAUCUGGGGCAACACCGUGAACGUGGCGUCCCGCAUGGACUCCUGCGGGAUCAUGGGCCGCAUCCAGGUCACCGAGGAGACCGCCAAGAUCCUCAUGAACGCCGGCUACCCCUGCGAGUGCAGGGGCAUGACGUACGUCAAGGGCAAGGGCAACCUGACCACCUACUUCGUCAAGACGCCCUUCGACGACAAGUGACACUCCUCCGGGAAUCGCGACACCACAAAUUCCACACAUGGGAAAGAUGAGACUGAGGAGACAUCCCUGUAGUCGUGGUUACAGCAACACCAAGACAAGCAGUCGGGUCUUGUAACCACUUCCAACGGCACUAUUUCGUGUUUUUGUAGGAGGCGCUGCCUCCGAGUCUAUGUACCUGACUGAUUUUUUGUACUAAGUGUCAGUGCUUUUAGAGUUACGACGUAACACCAAGCGGGUGUGCAUAGUGCAGAUUCUGUCAGUGGCUAAGAUUUCAUCUCUGAAUGUCUUUAAUGUGGGAUAGGGUGAGUGUUUAGGUGCGAGCUGCGUCUGCGCCGCAGUAUACUCAGUUUUGAUUGGGCGACGUGCUCGGAUCUAGAUGGCGCUCUGUCGACCUCCCGACAAUCCCUUCUGACUUACUUUGUUGAUUCCAUGUUUUUGGAUGUACUGUAUGUGACACUUUCGAAUAAAAACGUUUUAUUUUC